GCUGUGUAUUGCGCGGUCAGACAUGAUCUACGCGAGAAUUCCGCACCACUUGACCGGAGUUUCAGUACGUGAUUAGUCAUGGUGUUUGCUUUGCUAUUGGAACUCAUCAUUUUUUUAUCGUAUGUGACGGCCCAAACAGAGAGUAAUCUAAAUGAGACCCUCAUCAAGUGCAAGGAUCGGUCCUACCUGGACAAUUGUCUCAAGAAGUUGCCUCCAAUACUCGAAAAGUACGACAUGAAAGGAAUUCCUAGCUCUAAACAUGACGUCGAUGCAUCUUGCAGUGCAUUCAAAGUAGGAAUGGGUUGCAUGGAUGAGUUCGCCAAGAAAUGUCUCUCCCACCAGGACAGACAGACGCUGGAGGCUCAUGUCGCCGGCGCCAGACACACGUUCAAGUUCCUCUGCGACGAUCCUGUUUUUCAAGCAGAGUACCUGCAAUACACAUCCUGUUACAAGGCGAUCAGCAAGGACUGGGACAACUGUGCUAACCGGUUUGUUAGUCUGGUCAGAGAGGAAGUCAGCCGCAAAAACUACACUAUGGAGUCUAGAUUACUCGAACUGUGCUGUGCCAGACACGGUUUCCUCAAGUGCGUGUACGUCACCAGCAGGCUCAAAUGUAAGAAAGAGGAGGCUCUUUUCAUCAAGAAGAUCGCCGACACCCUGUCCAACAUGAGGGUGUACUCAAAGCACUGCAAGAACGUGGAUGUGGCGUUCUGUAGCGGAGAUGGAACAAAUCUCACAUGGCACUUCCUUUCCACUUCGCUGGUGAUUUCGUUACUGAUUUUCGUCCAAUAACUCAUAACUUGUAUAUUACUUGUAAAUCUCUGUACAAAGAUCUCUGUUUUUUCCUAUGAUAAAGGUGUUGAUAGUCACUUAUAAAAAGUUCUUUUUCA